AUGGCCAAAGCUAUAUUAGAGGCCAAAAAAGAGCUUGAUGAGUUGGAUAAAUUGCUGGAUGCUGGUAGUAUACUUUUCAGAAACCAAAUUUGGAAGGUUAUUUUUAGUGAUAACUUCUUGAAAUCCUUUAAAAAAAUGACGUCAAACCGCGAAAAGAAAUCAGUUAUUAACCUUCUACUGAAACUUUCAAGUGGCUGGCGACCUAAAAGGAGGAACAUAGAUUCUAUUUGUGAAUGCUCUUCGCACAUUAUUAAGCAAUUCAAAGUUGAAGGUCUCUAUACAAUUUGCACAAUUGACAUAGUAAAGGAAUCAAAUUACAAGCAAGUUCUGAAAGUCUGGGAUAUAUUGCCUUUGGAGGAUGUUUCAAAAUUGGUAAAACGUUUGGAUGAUAUAUUUGUUAGGUACACUGAUGAUUACAUCAAUCGUUGCAAAGAGAAAAAAAUUGAAGGGAAUUUGGAAGUUCCCAAGACUUGGGCAGCCUCUUUAGAAAUUGUUCGUUUCAAGAAUCUUGCUGAUAGUAAGAGUGGAAGUGACUUAAGGGGAGUUGCUUCAGACAGUAUGAGUUAUGUUGAGAAUUCGAAGGUGAUUGAUAGUUUGUUGUUGAUGAAAUUCUACUCUUUAUCAUCAGGUGUAGUGAACCACCUACUUUCCGACCGUGAUGGAAGAGAAUUGGAUCUUCCAUUUGAAGUAACAGACGAACAGUUGGAGAUGAUUCUUUUUCCCAGAAGCACCUUCAUACUUGGUCGGUCAGGUACAGGGAAAACUACUGUGUUGACCAUGAAAUUAUUUCAGAAAGCAAAACUACAUCACAUGGCAACUAAAGGAUUCUAUGGAGUUGAUUAUCAUGAGCAUCUGCAUACUACCCAGACAAAUGAGCCCGAGAAGGGCCUUGGAGAGGAGAAACUGGAUAUCUUGCGCCAACUUUUUGUGACAGUCAGUCCUAAACUGUGUUUUGCUGUAAAGCAACACAUUUCUCACUUGAAAAGCUCCGCCCUGGGUGAGAAGUUUCUUGCAGAAGGCAGUUUCCUUGACAUGGAUGAUAUUGAUGAUGCAGCGCAGUUCAAAGAUAUCCCAAAUUCUUUUGUAGACAUUCCGCCUAAAUCAUACCCUCUUGUUUUAACAUUUCAUAAGUUCUUGAUGAUGCUGGAUGGAACAAUGGGCAAUUCAUAUUUUGAGAGAUUCCGAGACAAAUGGAAACAUUCUGGUGCCCAAAGUCAGAGUUUAAGAUCAGAUUCCUUAUACACAAUUAUGAGGACAAAGGAAGUUAGUUAUGACAGGUUUAGUUCAUUUUACUGGCCACGUUUUAAUGGAGAACUAACAAAGAAGUUUGAUUCUUCAAGGGUCUUCACUGAGAUUAUAUCUCACAUAAAAGGAGGCCUGCGAUCCAUGGAGUUUGGUGACGGUAAACUGAGUCGAGAAGUUUAUGUCCAAUUAUCAGAGGGUAGAGUUUCCAUUUUGAGCAGGCAACAAAGAGAGAUGAUAUAUGAGAUAUUUCAAAACUAUGAGAGAAUGAAGAUGAAAAAUGGUGAUUUUGAUUUGGCUGAUUUAGUAAUUGAUCUUCAUCAUCGACUUAAAAAAGGAAAACACGUCAGAGAUCAAAUUCAUUUUGUUUAUGUCGAUGAGGUGCAGGAUCUUACAAUGAGCCAAAUUGCUCUGUUCAAAUAUAUCUGCAAAAAUGUGGAAGAGGGUUUUGCUUUUUCUGGUGAUACAGCACAAACAAUUGCCAGGGGAAUUGACUUCAAAUUUGAAGACAUACGACAUCUGUUCUACAAGAAGUUUGUACUGGAAUCAAGAAGCAAUGAAUAUGAUGGCAGAGAACAGAAAGGGCAACUCUCAAAAAUUUUUAAUUUGAGCCAGAACUUCCGUACCCAUGCAGGUGUAUUGAAGUUAGCUCAGAGCAUCAUUGAUCUUCUUUACCGUUUCUUUCAUCCCUAUGUCGAUGUUUUAAACCCUGAGACUACUAUGAUAUAUGGGGAAUCUCCAAUUUUGCUUGAAUCUGGGAACAAUGAAAAUGCAAUCAUAAAAAUUUUUGGAAAGAGUGGAAAUGUUGGCGGCAAUGUAGUUGGUUUUGGAGCGGAGCAGGUGAUAUUAGUACGAGAUGAUUGUGCUCGGAAGGUUAUUUCUGACUAUGUUGGGAAUCAAGCUCUUGUUUUGACCGUAGUAGAGAGCAAAGGCCUUGAAUUUCAGGAUGUACUGUUAUACAAUUUUUUUGGUUCACCACAUCUUAAGAAUCAAUGGAGAGUGAUUUAUGAAUAUAUGAAGGAACAAAAUUUGCUUGACUCCACGUCACCUAGGUCCUUCCCGAGCUUCAAUGAAGCUAAACAUAACAUCUUGUGUGCUGAACUGAAGCAACUGUAUGUCGCCAUCACUCGUACAAGGCAAAGGUUAUGGAUCUGGGAGGAUAGGGAGGAUAGGGGAGGAAGUCUCCAACAAACCUAUGUUUGA